AAUGCGGAUGGUCCAAAGGAUGCCAAAAGAGUAUGCGGAGUGAGGCCCAGUGUGUUCUGGCUGCUAUUAGUGAUCGCGGUCUUGAUCGUCGUGAUCGCUGCCGUGGGUGGUGGAGUUGGAGGAUCGUAUUUAGCAAACAGAGACAAAGGCAGCUCCGACCCAAGAACACCCGGGUCAAAUACUACCUCUGCAAUGCCUAUCAUAACCAGAACAUCUGACGGCGGCUCCUUUACAAAAACACUGCAGCACAAGGUCGAUUCUUCGAUGUCUACCACGCCCAGCAUCUCUGAUAGUGACUCCUCUUCAACAAUAUCCGAGUCUAGUGAAGAUUCUACGAUGUCGAUAACAGCCACAACAUCCUCCAACUCGGAGACCUCCACCGUAACCAAGGCCUCCAAAACAUCAUCAGCGGCUGUUACAUCAGGCACUUCAGGCAUAGCUUCCAAUCCAUGCCCGGGUCAAAAUCUCACCACACUUACUGGCUCCGAUGGAUCGAUAUUUACAUUACUAUGUGCCGUCGACUGGCCGGGUGGCAUUAAAACAGCAUAUGGGAACGGAAAGGUCGCUGACUUGACGAGGUCCACUGAAUAUACCUUGAAGUCAUGCAUUUCACAAUGUGUGCAAUGGAAUACGGAGAAUAACGAGAAGUGCAAGGGUGUCACCUACCUUGCAAAUUUGACAGCUGCAUAUGGUGGUGGACAGGACGGCAAUUGCUUUUUGAAGAAUAGUGUUGGUAGAUAUUAUCCUAAUUCGGAUACCUCUAUGGCCGCUGGGAUAUUGGGAGGCUGA